CCCUGAGCCCUGCCUUAGUAAGUGCUGGUAGCAGAAACAUGAGGGCCUGGAGCCUUCUCCUCCUGGUGGCCCUCCUGGCUUUGGGGAGCCAGCUGCCUGCUGCCUUGGCCAGGACGAAGGGAGAGAAACUUGGGGGCUGCCCACCGGACGAUGGGCCCUGCCUCCUCUCGGUGCCGGACCACUGCUUGGAUGACAGCCAGUGUCCUGCAAGGAUGAAGUGCUGCUACAAAGCUUGCUUCCGCCAGUGUGUCCCUUUGAUCUCCGUAAAGCGGGGCAGGUGCCCUGAGGACCACCUGCACUGCCUCAGCCCCGUGCAGCAUCUGUGCAACAGAGACUCAGACUGCAAGGGCUCCAAUCGGUGCUGCCUCGGCGCCUGUGGCCGAGACUGUCGCAACCCCAUCUAAGGUAUGGUUCCUGCGCGCCUAGGGCAGGUUCUUUCCCUCUCUUAGCCCCAGCGUUAGA